GGCGGGGGGUGGUUUGGGUUGGCGGGCUUCACAUCCAAGAGAGAGAGGGAGGUGGCGGUGGUGAGAGGAGGAGGGUGGUGGAUUCGCGCGACCUACUGGAUGCGGAUGGUCAUGACUUGCACAGACUGGCACGCAGGUAGGACGGGGUCGGUGGGGUCGGGAUCGGAAGAAAGUAUUAAGGCCGAGACGGGCUCAGUUUCACUGUUCUGGGAAGUCGGGUCGGCGAGGAUGGGGGCGAAUGGGGCAGGGAUGUCGACAGUGUUUAAGGCCCACAUUUGGGAGAAGGUGCAUCGGAUGCGCUCACUGAAGCUUAAGAGAACUGCCUGGUAUGGAACGAGGAGUGAUCCACCCGUGCAGAUUGCCGUCCCCGGCUGUCAGGUGGUUGGAGGUGUUGGGCGGGGGUGGGGUGAGGUGUCUACGGAUUUGUCGUACCUCUGGGAUUCGAAGGCGUAUUGCCAUGCCAGUAAAAAGGCAGUAAUGUGGUGGGUUUCGGGAGGAGUCAUAGAGGUAUUGGUCUGCACCAUGGUAGAUCAAGUGCGUGAUUGCACGCGGUGACUUGGUACAAAUGGGAAAGAGUUGAAAAGGUGUAAAAAAGUUGAGACUUAGCAAAAACUAAGCUACAAUAAUUCUAUAUUUGUAGCAAGU